AAACAAAAUAAACACUGAGCUUUUAAAGGAUUACUCUCAGAGCAUCGUGAAAUAUGUACACUGGAGUUAACAGUUGUUACAGGACUGGAAGAGGUUGCAGCAGAAGAGUGCCAGGAGAAACUGGGAGUUACUUGUGUCACUGCACGAGGCAGAGUCUUUAUUGAUAUACCCAUCAAGCUGGUUCCUGAGGUUUUUAAGCUGAGAUCCAUUGACAAUGUCAAUGUUGUACUGCAAAUGGUCAGUAACUUCUCCUUCCCAGAAACAAGGGACGAGUGCUUUGCCAAGAUUUAUAAAUUUGCUGAGAAACCUGAUUGGAAGAAAGGAAUGCUUGUGUGGAAAAACAAUUUUAAUUACCCCGAUGAUCCCAUUCAAGAGGUCAGAGCUCUGAACGACGAAUAUUGUAAGCCUCGUCCAGAUAUUGAUCUCAAACGGAUGAAAUUAACUUCAGAAAUUAUUGGUAAUCUUCCUGAAGGGAUUUUACCAGAACAUUUGAAAAAAAAACAAGAAUCCACAGAAGAUACAAAUGAAGAAGAUAAUUCCUCAGUUGCAGAGAUGGUCACAGAGAGCAACGACUCUGACAGACAACAAAUCCACGCAUCAGGACCAAAGUUUAGAAUAUCAUGCAGCAGAACUGGUUCCAAACACAUCUUUGGGAGCUCCGAGGCUGCUCGACAGUUUGGUGGUGCUGUAAACGAGAUUUUUGGUUGGCCAGUAGACCUCUCCAACUUUGAGCUGGAGAUUCUUCUUUACAUUGACACAGAGUUUGUAUAUGCAGCAGUUUGCCUGACCAGGGAACCUAUGUUUAAACGUAACCUCACAAGCUUUGGCAGAACCAAUUUGCGCUCAACAAUCUGCUACAAUAUGAUUCGACUAGCAGCACCACAGCCUGGGGAAGUUGUAAUAGACCCAAUGUGUGGAGGAGCAACUAUACCCAUGGAAGGUUCCCUCACAUACCCGAAAGCAUUUCACAUUGGAGGAGACAACUAUGGACAGGCUGUUAAACGUAGUAGAGAUAAUAUAGACUUCCUACUGAAAAAGAAAAAUUCCAUGCCAGUGGAUGUGGCCCAGUGGGAUUCCACUAGACUUCCUCUGAGAAGCCAGUGCGCUGAUGUAAUAAUAUCUGACUUGCCGUUUGGGAAACGUAUUGGCAGCAAAGGGGAUAAUCGUGUCCUGUAUUAUCUUUCACUUCUGGAAAUGGCAAGGAUAACCAAAACAGAUACUGGCCGUGCAGUAUUGCUGACACACGACCGUAAUAGUAUGAUCAUGAAUAUGAAGAAAGUUCAUACCCUCUGGAAAAGUGGUACAUCAAGGACAAUCAAUAUUGGAGGACUUUCCGCUGUAAUUUAUGUGUUACGACGAACUGCUUUGCUUUCUGAUCCAAACCUUAAAAGUAAAAGAAAGGGCUCUGGAAAAGUCCUUUAAAUAAGUUGAUAUCUUCGUCAAAUUUCUCUUGUUGACAAACUCUUUGAUGAAUUAUUUGUGUUAUGUGCAAUACAUCACCAUUUUCUUCAUUUUGCCCUACUAUUUAUUAUAGCAUUCAUAUUGCAUUCUUGUCAACAUUCAUUCAAUUUUAUUUUUUUUAUGGUUGGGAAGAUAUCCUUAUUUAUUUUAUAGAUCCUGUUUGUUCUAUAAUAAAAACAAGAUGAAGAAA